GGUGCUGCCCCUCCUGUGCCACGCCGAGCCGCGAACGCGGUGCGCGGCGCUGGAGGCGCUGGGGCUGUGCGCGGAGCGGGGCGACCCCCGGUCUCUCUCGGUGGCCUGCGGCGAGCUCGACGACUGCGAGGAGGCCGUGCGGCGAGCCGCGCUGCGCGCCGUGGGCCGCCUGGCGGAGCUGGGCGACCCGGAGGCGGUGAGCAUCGUGUGCUCCCGGCUCGAGGACGGCGACGACGGCGUGAAGGAGACCGCGGUGAGCGUGCUGAGCCAGCUGGCCGAGCGGGGCGACCCCCACGCCAGCGCGGAGGCGGGCGCGCGCCUGCUGCACUGGGACUGGAGCGUGCGGCGGGCGGCCGUGCUGGGCCCUGGGCUGGCUGCUGCACCGCGGCGACGCCAAGGCUGCCCUCGCCGCCUGCGUCGACGACGAGGACCCCAGCGUGCGGGAGGCUUCCGCCGAGGUGCUGGAGGAGCUGGAUGGGGCGACCGCGGACCCCAGCGCCACGUGCAGCACGGCCUGCUCGGCCUCGGACCUGCACGAGCGCCCCGGGCCCGCGGCGGGCCUCGCGGGGCCGGUCUGGGCGGCGAGCCCGGGGGACGCGGCGAGCCCCGCCGCGGCGGACGUGCUGGACGCGCUGGGCGCCAGCGUGCGGAGCAUCGGGCAGGAGGCCCUGAUGGCGGUGUCCUGGCUCGCGUCCGGGGGCGGCCCGGCCGCCGCGGAGGCGGAGGAGAAGGAGGCCGCGCACCCCGGGGGCGUCUGCCAGCGGGGACCCGCGCGGCCGGAGCCGGACAUGGCAGCCGUCGUCGACCAGCUCCGCGGGGCGCAGGAGCGCAUCGAGCGCCUCGGGGCGCCCUGGGUGCUGGUGACCGUGGCCAGCGUGGCGGGGGAGGUCCUCGGCCUGCACCUGCCAGGCGGCAGCCUGGGCUCGCAGGUGAAGGAGGCCAUCUCCGCCAGCAGCUGGCGCGUGCCCGUCGCCUGCCAGCGGCUCCUGCUGCCCGGCGGCCCGCUGGCGGACGGCGACCCGAUCGCCGGCCACCUCCCGCCGGGCGCCGCGGAGCUGGGCGUGACGAUGGCGGUCUCGCUGGAGGGCGUCUGCGAGGAGCUCCAGAGCGCGCCCGCGAACGGCAGGCUCCGCGCCCUGGCGGACCUGGGCCGCCUCGGCCCCCGCCGCGGCGGGGCGGCGGCCGCCGCCGCGGCGUGCGCGUGCCUGGCUGACAGCGACGCCCGCGUGCGCGAGGCGGCCCUGGCCGCGCUGCGCGAGCUGGCCGAGGGCGACAGCGCGCUGGUGCUGCCGCGCCUGUGCGCCUCCCUGCGCGACGACGCGGGGCCGGGCGCGCGCCGUGCGGCGCUGGCGGCGCUGGCGCGCCUGGGCCGCCGCGGGGACGGCCGCCUCGUGCGCGCCGUGGGCGCCGCGCUGGACGACUGGGACGAGGGCGUGCAGGCGGCGGCCGUGCACGUCAGGCUCGCGGCCCUGGGAGCGCUCGGGCAGCUGUCGCGCGGGGGCGGCGGCGAGGUCUGUGCGGGAAGUGCGACCGGGUGA